GCUGGGUGUCGCCUGACCGGAUGAUGAUUGACUGAAGUUUUAUCACUGUAGUUUUCUAUUCCGUCUUUUGUAUUAAUUUAAAUAGCGCUUCACUGUAGCCCUGUUAUUUAGAACCUAGUUACUGACCCUCACCCAAACCUGACAACAAUCAAGUUUUAACAGACGACUUGAUUUUUACGCUUUUUCCGUUAAACGAAACUCCAGCUCGCCAGCGAGAGAGCGCAAAGAUCAGACCCGUCUCUCUCUCUCUCUCUCUCUCUCUGUCUCCCUGUCUCCCUGAGUAGCCUAAGCGGCGGCUGAGUUGAGCCCGCCGGAGAGGAGAGCAGCCAUGGGGAACCGGGGUAUGGAAGACCUUAUUCCCCUCAUCAACAAGCUCCAGGACGCCUUCAGCUGCAUCGGCCAGAGCUGCAACCUGGACCUGCCGCAGAUCGCCGUGGUCGGAGGGCAGAGCGCCGGGAAAAGCUCCGUUCUGGAGAAUUUCGUUGGAAGGGACUUUCUGCCCCGAGGGUCUGGUAUCGUCACCCGUAGACCUCUCGUCCUUCAACUGGUCAACAACCAAGCAGAGUAUGCAGAGUUCCUUCAUUGUAAAGGUCGUAAGUUUGUGGACUUUGAUGAGGUGCGUUUGGAGAUUGAGGCUGAGACUGAUCGCAUCACUGGGUCCAAUAAGGGAAUCUCUGCUGUUCCCAUAAACCUCAGAGUCUACUCCCCUAAUGUGUUAAACCUGACCCUUAUAGAUCUACCAGGGAUGACUAAGGUAGCGGUGGGAGACCAGCCAAUCGACAUCGAGCACCAGAUCAGAGACAUGCUGAUGCAGUUCAUAACUAAAGAGUCCUGUCUGAUCCUGGCUGUGACUCCAGCUAACCAGGAUCUGGCCAACUCUGAUGCUCUCAAGAUAUCUAAGGAGGUCGACCCUCAAGGGUUACGUACCAUCGGAGUGAUCACCAAGCUGGACCUGAUGGAUGAGGGGACUGACGCACGGGACAUUCUAGAGAAUAAACUACUGCCGCUACGCAGGGGUUACAUUGGGGUGGUGAAUCGUAGUCAGAAGGAUAUUGACGGCAGGAAGGAUAUUAAAGCAGCUUUGGGUGCAGAGAGGAAGUUCUUCCUGUCUCAUCCAGGAUACAGACACAUAGCUGACCGCAUGGGAACACCACAUCUACAGAAAACACUCAACCAGCAACUGACCAACCACAUCCGGGACACGUUGCCAGGGUUACGUAGUAAGCUCCAGAGCCAGCUUCUAUCUCUGGAGAAAGAGGUGGAGGAAUACAAGAACUUCAAACCAGACGACCCGACACGCAAGACCAAGGCCCUACUGCAGAUGGUUCAGCAGUUUGGUGUAGACUUUGAGAAGCGUAUUGAGGGAUCAGGAGAUCAGGUGGAUACAGUGGAGCUCUCUGGAGGAGCUAGAAUCAACAGGAUCUUCCACGAGAGAUUCCCCUUUGAACUGGUCAAGAUGGAGUUUGAUGAGAAGGAGUUGAGGAGAGAGAUCAGUUAUGCCAUCAAGAACAUCCACGGAGUGAGAACGGGUCUGUUCACCCCUGACCUUGCCUUUGAGGCCAUAGUGAAAAAGCAGAUCAUUAAGCUGAAAGAGCCCUGUCUGAAAUGUAUGGACCUGGUGAUCCAGGAGCUCAUCAACACCGUGCGCCAGUGCACCAAUAAGCUUGGCUCCUACCCCAGACUGAGAGAAGAGACGGAGAGAAUCGUCACAACCUACGUCAGAGAGAGGGACAUCAAAACCAAAGACCAGGUGCUGCUGUUGAUUGACAUCGAGCUGUCUUACAUCAACACAAACCAUGAGGAUUUCAUUGGCUUCGCAAACGCGCAACAGAGGACCGCUGUUACUGCUGCUGUUAACAACAAGAAGAGAGUGAUGCCAAACCAGGUGAUCCGGAGGGGCUGGCUCACUAUCAACAUAAGCAUUAUGAAGGGGGGUUCCAAAGACUACUGGUUCGUCCUGACUGCAGAGUCACUGUCCUGGUACAAGGAUGAGGAGGAGAAAGAGAAGAAGUACAUGCUGCCUCUAGAUAAUCUGAAGCUGAGAGACGUGGAGAAAGGUUUCAUGUCCACAAAACACACCUUCGCCAUCUUCAACACCGAGUCCAGGAACGUGUAUAAGGACCUACGUCAGAUAGAGCUGGCCUGUGACACACAGGAGGAUGUCGACAGCUGGAAGGCUUCUUUCCUCAGAGCUGGAGUUUACCCUGAGAAAGACCAGAUUGACAGUGAGGACACAGGACCAGCAGAAUCCUUCUCUAUGGACCCACAGCUGGAGAGACAGGUUGAGACCAUAAGGAAUCUAGUGGAUUCCUACAUCGGCAUCGUCAACAAGUCUAUCAGGGAUCUAAUGCCAAAGACCAUCAUGCACCUCAUGAUCAACAGCGCUAAAGACUUCAUCCAUUCUGAGUUGUUAGCCUACCUGUAUUCCUGUGGGGACCAGGGCAGUAUGAUGGAGGAGUCAGCUGAUCAGGCUCAGAGGAGAGAUGAGAUGUUGAGGAUGUAUCAUGCUCUGAAAGAAGCCCUGGUGAUCAUAGGGGAUAUCAGUACAACCACAGUGUCGGCUCCUGUACCUCCACCUGUAGACGACACCUGGAGGACCAAGGAACCCAGCCCCCCUCCUCAGGCCAGACCAGCUCCGGCCGCUGCCCCCCCUCCUACGCCCCCGGCAGUAAGAGGCCCCACCCCCGCCCCACCUCCCUCCAGUACCCAAAACCCAGCUUUCGGGGCGCCCCUCAUCCCCUCUCGACCCGGACCCCCACCAGUCAACACCUACAGUGGAGCGGACCCUGUUGCCAAUGUCCCCCUGAUCCCGUCUCGCCCAGCCAGGGUACCCCCAGUACUGCCCCCCGGCAUACCCAGAAGACCCCCAGCGGCCCCAGGCCGUCCCACCAUCAUACGCCCUUCAGAGCCUUCACUGCUGGACUAGACCCACACACACACACACACACACACACACACACACACACACACACACACACACACACACACACACACACA